AUGUAGAAGCCAGAGUAUAAAUGGUAAAGUAGGAUCUUUCAUUCUGCCAAAACGUGUGUUCCAGAGACUGAACUCAGGCCUGUGUGUCAAGUCCUUUUGCCCACCGAGCCUUCUCACAGACCCCAGUUUCUUAGUUCUUCUGGGGCUUUCCUGAAAAAAAGAAUAGAGAAAAUAUCAUCGUUUGGAUCAACAGUAGAAAUCUGAUCCAUAUUAUCAAAUGCUGUUUAUGUGGGUUAUUGAUUAGCUGGUUCAGUGUAGAUGGCCAGCGUUCAGUGCAGCAACACUCCUUCCAAACAGACAAACAAAUGAAAGCAGGGGGUAAAUAGCUCUGUUGGUGAGAAGUUAGGCUUGCUCCUGGCAAGGGCAGACAGUAGUGUUGGCUGUCAGAGGUUGGAGUGGAGAGAAAACCAACAACUCUUUAAAGAAAUUUGUGUCAAAAUGGUGUUCAGUGGCCCAUCGCAUUAAAUCAACACAUCUGUAUUUGAGAACGUUAUUUAGCGCACACUCCAGGGGUGCGUUUUUCUCAUUUUCUGAACUUGAAAACCCUUAUUUAUCUCCAACAUGGGUCACUGAACAGAUUCUAGUUUUCCUCAUUAGAUACAGGGUAAUGAGGCCUUGAGUCUCCUGUUCUAUUUCACCUUCUACCCAACUCUGUCAGACAUGUACCUCCUUCACAGGACGAAAGAAACCAAUGCCAUGCUACCUUGUUCCUCUGGAGGAGUGGCCAAAGCCUCUUUUCUUCCCACCUUUUCAGACUUUGUUGGUUCCUGGGCAUGGGUUCCCCACCCCACUGUGCAGUGGUUGGUGCUGUCUGGAUACUGAGAAGCUGGGGAGCCCAGUCGUGGGCAGCAUGUUCUCUGAGAGCUGUUCAGGGUAUGGGGCAAUGCUCUACCAUCCCUCUUCUGGCUUGAGAACCCACAUAAGUCGGUUCCCUUGGAGUGCGAUGGAUCUGUCUUUCCUGUGCCUAGGUCCCUGAGGUUUAAUUGAAAAUAUUUAAAAUCCCGUGUUGGUUAAUUUUCUUCUGUGUCUCAGCUCACCGAGGUGUUGCUGGGUUCUCUUGGCCAUCUGCUGUUUGAACAGGGAAGCAAUUUAGAAUUCUAAGUCAGAGGAAUUACAGUUUUUCCAUUCUUUUUUCAGUUUUUUUAAGGUAUUUUUUUUAAGGAAAUUGCUCCAAAGUGCAGCAUAGUAACCAGAUGCAAGCUUCAUGCUCUCCCUGAGACUCUUCUCUUAACUAUCAUAAUGCACCUUUAUCCCCUGUCAUAAUAAGACUCCAUAAGUAUUAUGUUUUCCUAAAUAAAGAACCUCUCAUGCAUAAAGAUUCAAACCAGGGAAAACAAACGUACCAGAGGGUGACUUUUAAUUUGACAAAAGAUCUUCCACAUGACAAAGAGUUCCCCGGAUGAUUACUUUUAAGUAGACAAUUCCCUUAGUGUGCUGAAAGUCCCAUUAAACAAUUGUCAACGUUUUAAAGGCUUUUAAAAGCAGGCACACACCUGUUCCUAAUAUUCAUAUGUUAAUACUGCAUAUUUACAUGUGUGCCCCUUUGUAAUGAGUCAUGAUGCCAUCUGUGAAUUGCCCUGCUGCGCCCAGUGUUGAAGAAAUGGCAAGAUGGCUGAUCUAGUUCGCAUCUCUGUUGUGAGAAGACAUCAAUUUGACCAACAGAAACUUGUAUGUAAGAUGGCUUGUGGGUAGGUCACCUUCUACACUUCCCUGGUCCUGUCCUAGGGUGGUCUAAGUGGGGAGGAAUUUCAGGGUAGCCAUCUGGAAUUAGGAAUUGAAGCAGGGACCAAGGGAGCAAAGGUGCUUGCUGGCUUGCUUCCUCAGUCUUUCUCAGCUACCUCUCUCACAAGGCAUAACUAAGCCCACCCACAGUGUUCUGGACCACCAUGUCCAAUUUAAGUAAGUUUUAAGUACACUGAUAUAUUUAACUGGAUUCUCAAAGCCUGUGGAAUUUAUAGUAGCUGUUACCUUGACUUGUGAAUCUGUUUGCUCCUUAUGAGAUCUUGGAGUGAGUUGUUUUUCAUACACUUUCAUAGCUCAGAGCAUAAGAUCCCACAAAGCCAUACCUGGGCUAGGUAGUCGUUGCCUAAAGAAGGGAUGGUAUAUACUGCAGCCAUUCAGUUUCCAUAGACCAUACUGUUUGUGGCAAUUAGUACUUACUAUGUAGCACACACUGGUCUACUGUUUCCCUCUGCUCUCUCAGCACAGUAUCUCACAGCACAGCUCUCCACAGUUUGGAGUGUUAUUGAAUAUGCACUCCAUAGGUUAGAACAGAUACAGUUGUUAUAUUCUCUAAGGCCAUAGUCACAGUGUUGCCUUGAGAUUGGCCACGUUGGUAUCAAUUCAUUUUUGUUGCCCUUGUCCACUUCAUCUGUACAGUUCCUCACCUCCAGACCUUCCUGAACCUUCCAUUCAUGUCAGGGAAAACAUACCAACCCACUCAUUACUUUUCAAUUAGAGUCAAUCCUUAUUUGGUUAAAAAAUUGGGGACAGGAUGGAAAGACCCCAGUGGGAAACAGGUAUGGCUUUGCAAUAAACUCUUUUUCUCUUGAUGUUAAAUUUUAACUCAGCAGUAUUUACUCAACUGUCAGCCAAGUGACAAAUCUUCCACCUCAUUUCACGAAGGGGCGCCACUUCCUUUUAUAAAGUUUGAAGCAUGACUUUAAAAAAAUACAUCGCAAUUAGGUUUCUCCACAUAAUGUCAAGCUUGAGUGGUUCGUAGUAGGAUGGGACUCUCUCUCUCUCUCUCUCUCUCUCUCUCUCUCGGGUGGAAUUGGAGAGUAGGAUUGGAAAAACCAUAGAAAACUUGAGCUCCCUCUUGAAAAUGUAAAGCCAACCUCUAGGAUUUUUAUUUGAGACUUGAAUUAGUUGAUUAAUUUGUAAUCUCAUAAAUGCUUGUGUCAACCAAAACCAUGGCUUCCUCUUCAGUUAUAGAAAAGUUUGUGUGUGUGUGUGUGUGUGUGUGUGUGUGUGUGUGUGUGUGUGUGAUUUUAAUAUUCUAAUUGCUUUUUUUCUGAAAAAAGAAAAAGUAUUACUUUAUUGUCUGCUUAGCUCCAUGGCUCACUUGAAGGACAAAUUAAUAUAACUUUUUUCUCUUCUCUCAAGAAGCUAGCCUAAGCAUAGGUUUAGAGGGAAGGUUAAAGUAAAUAGAUAAAUUAAUUUGGCAACAACCAGGCUCCAUGUGAACCAAUAUGGGACACUACCACAGUGGAGAAGACAGAUUUUAGUGAACAACUGCAGAGAGAAAGUCAGAGGGUGAGGCUUUGUGCAGAGGGUAUGAAUUGAAUUUAACCUCAUAAUUGGAUAAACUUUGAAUGGAUCGAAAACAUUGGGAAGGUGUGAUAUAAGAGAAGAGAGUCCGGCAAUGAAGCAAAAGUAGAAUAUAUGUGUAUGUAUAUGUGUGUAUGUGUAUGUAUGUGCAUACAUAUACAUUCACAUGUACAUAUAGUUAUGAAGUGUAUUAUCGAGAUCAUUGUUGGGAGACACUGUCUGGCUAUGCAGAAUCACAAACACUAGCUGCCAAUUCUGCCCCCUUUCUCCUUCUUUUGCAGAGUCCUGGGCAUCCCUUGUACAUUCUAGAGAAAGGCUCUACCACUAAGCUAUAUCCUCAGCCCGAGCUACAUCCCCUGAUUCACCAGCCACAUGUAUCUGUCUGUCUAACAUUUUAAGUUUACAUCAAGCAAGAGUUGAGUUUUUCCAUCACAGCAGCCAUCUUUCAAGGGAUUAGUGGCUGUUGUUCUUGCUGUGGGCAUGUCGAUAAUAUAGAAUGUGUUCAUAUCACAGCAAGACCUACUGGACAGCAUGGUGUCCAGUUUCAACAGUUUUAGGUUUAGAUGUGGAGAAUGGUCUAGUUGGGGACAAUAAUAAUAAGUCUGUGGUUCAAUUUUAAUGCUGUCACUUCUGCGGUCCUUGCCCUUUUCCUCCUCUGCCCUCAUCCUCCUCUUCCUUCCCCAUUCCUCCCACUUUCCCUUAUCUUUCCAUUUUUUAUUGCUAAUUUGUUCUUUGAGGACUAGCCACAGUUUGCCAGCGAAUUGUAUUUUGUGUGUGUUUUUAAGGAUGUGCAUGCUUCAUUUACGUUCUAAAUUCAUCAGUCACGUGCUAGUUUUAUGGUCAAGGAACUAGAGGAUGGUGGGAAAUACUUUCUCAUUAAAGUAGAUUUUUAAGGAGAAUUCAGCUUAGUUUAUCAUAAUGGGCAGGCCUGGAAGAUAGUUUGAGUGCGGAAACUGCGGCAGGAAUGAUGGUGUAAAGUAAUCCUGUUGGGGUGUGAUGGGGAGCUGAAGCAGAUGAUGGAAGACAUUAGGGUAGGUGCUGAAGGGAUGGGCAGAAGUUAGUGUACUGGGAUGACUCAUGCAGAGGCCCAAGCUCACUUCCCAGCUCCUGUGCUGAGGGCCUCAAAACUGCUUGUAGCUCCAGUUCCAUGGGGACUCAGCACUCCUGACCCCCAGGGGUAGGGACCUGCAUUCUUGUGCACACACACGCACACACACACAUACAUACACACACAUGCAUGCGCACACGCACACACUCACGCAUGCGCACACACACGCACACACACAUUUAUUCAUAAUAUUUUGGUACUGAUUUGAGUGGAGGUGUUCUUCUUGACCAUUUCAAGUUGUUUUAAGGUAUCAGAAUUUAUUUUUAGGUAACACAGAGAUAGUAUGUAUGACACUGUUUUAGCAGCUCCUGUUCUUGUAGUAGCCAGUUCCUUACUUCCUAUAGCGUGUUUCCUAUGCCUGAGAGACUGUUAGAACCUCAACAGGGAAAACAUCAACAGAGAAACAGUGCGUUGCUAUAUUAGGAAUCACUUCACUGCUGUGAUAAAUAUUUUAUUACCUAAUAUUGCAUUUUAAUAAUUUGUAAUCAGUAAUAAACUUUUAUAUAAUGUGUGUUUAUUUUUAAAACUUCGUUGCUAAUAGUAGUCACUCCCACCAAGUUGUAAACAGUGUGAUAAAAAUGUGCAGAGAUAUUAAAAAUACCACAUACUGGGCUUCUCCAAAUAAGAGUUUCUAUUAAUAUCUUUAAAAUGUAUGGAAAGUUAAAGAGAACCCUGGUCUGUGAAACAUUCAGUGUAGCCACUCCUUGUGUUGCAUGGGGUUGUAAGAAUGUCUCGGUUAUCCUGUAACUAUGUCUGUUCUACUUUAAAUGAUAUUUUUGUUGCCAUUAAUGAGAAGUUAUAUGGUCCCAGUGAACAGCUUUCAUGAUAAAAGUGUUUGCUUAAGUGGCACAGGGACAUUCUACACACAAAAAUCAAGGCUCAGGCAAAGGCUCCAUCCAGGCUUAUAAAACCAGAUUAGUGUCUGAGGUGAAAUGGCUGAAUAUUAUACUUUCUUAUUGCUCUCAGGAGAAAUACUGUAUCUUAGAGCUGGGAUGAAAUAAUACAAAUGAGAAAUAUAAUUCAAAUAUGACUUUAGUUUUAGUUUCUCAUAAUUAGUAAGCUUUCUGGUCACUUUUUCAAUUGCCCUAAUAGAAGACUGUGCCCCUGUGGUUUGUAAUAAGAAAGUUAUCUUCUAAGCCAGUGGCUCUCAACAUGUGGGUCGCAACUCCUUUCAUAGGAGUUGCCUAAGACCCUCGGAAAACACAGAUAUUUGCAUUACUAUUCAUAAUAGUUGCAAAAUUACAGUUCUGAGGUCGCAAUGAAAAUAAUUUUACUGUUGGGGGUCGCCACAACAUGAUGAACUGUAUUAAAGGGUCGCAGCCUUAGGAAGCUUGAGAACUCCUGCCCUACACACUGAUGGUCUUACCCUCCUAACCGGUGUGUGGAGAGUAUGCGGUGCUCACUCUUUGCCAAGCAAAGAGAACACACCACAGCUAGAGGAAGAGCCAGUGGCUUUGGGGGUGGGAAUAAGCUCGGAGAAGAUGAUAUACCUGUAGUCAAAUAAAUCUUUCCUCACAGCGUUUCACAGUCUCCAUUGGAUUGCGCUUAAGUCUUCUAAAUUGGUUCCAUGCUUCUCAGUGUUACAUAUGUAGCAGUCUUAAUAGUGAAUAGUGAGGCCACUGAGUAUGCACACUUGGCCAUUCAGAGAACACUCAGUGAUCAGUAGGGGUGUACUAACUUUGCUAAAAGUUAUGGUAUAAAUUGAACAAUGACAUCUCAAAUUCAGUAUAAAUCUUUCGUUACUUAUAAAGGUGCCCUAAAGAAAGAGUCUUAAAAGAUUUUUCACGGUAACAGUAUUAGAGGACUUUUUUUUUUUUAAAGUGAAUGAUUACUGGAUUUAGCUUGUUACUUUUAAAGGGUUGUUUAUUUUAUCCAUCGUCUAACUAUAAAGUUCAAACAUCACCUCAGUCAAAUUCUUGAUGUGAACUGUGCUUUCAAAACCCUCACCCUGGCAGUUUCUUAUGCAGAGGCAGAAAGGACAAAUGUAGGACCCUCUCUAGCUCCAGUAUGACAGCAGAUGGCUGCUGACGAUGUCACGGGACAUUUCUUUCAGUACUUCUGGUUUUCUAAUAGCAAUCUUCUUAGCACAUCAAAGGUCCUCACAUGACAAGCAGGGCUCACGAUAUUUUCCUUUUCACUAGGAUAACUUUGAUCAUAAAUGAGACUGCUGUUUUCAGGUAACUUGUCUGGUGUGGGUGGUGAUGGUCCUGGUGGGAAGUCUCUUCCUUCUCCCCAAACAAGGGGGGACUACCAAGACUCACUGGAGAGGUAAAGGGAUGUUUCCAUGGGGUGUGCCCCCCAAUACAAUGUAUAGCAUACAGUAUCGUGUAUUUGAUGAUGACAGAAGGUCAGAUCACUUUGAAGAGAGAGGAGCCAGAAUGAUCUGGUGCCUAUUUAGACCCAGUUAUUAUUUAAAUAAGCAGGAGUUGCUGGUUACAGAGUAACUUUUCAGAACAAAAGGGCUUUGUCCUCAUGGCCUUUAGAAAAGUUUGCCAUUUGCAAACCCUGUUCUGCUGAGCCCCAUUUUUAUUGAGGGCUGAUUUGUUAGAAUGGUGGACCAUCUGGCACUUCAAAACUUCUCAGACUUCAGGGACAAAAAAAAAAAAAAAAUCCGAUUGUGUGCUGUGUUAUUAACUGUCAAAUAAAAUGAUGCCAUCAUUCGUGGGAUGGAGAGCUACCUGAAAAGAUGAUCCUGAUUUACUUGGGAGUUUUCUAGUGGACUUCAUUUUGUGUGAAAAGAGUAAUACACAAUAAGGUAAAUAAAAAAAAUUUCAAUUUGGGGUUGGGGAUUUGGCUCAGUGGUAGAGCGCUUGCCUAGGAAGCGCAAGGCCCUGGGUUCGGUCCCCAGCUCCGAAAAAAAAAAAGAACCAAAAAAAAAAAAAUUUCAAUUUAAGUCAAAGGGAUUUAAAAUAAAUCUCAUCUAUCCAUAUUCAUUUCUACAUCUUUCUCUGAGUGAUAACUGUUAUUACUGUCUUAUAGAUUGUUCCAGAUUUACCAUAGAUUAUUCCUACAUAAAGCUUUAUCGUCCUUCUCCCCUUCAAAGAUAGACAUAUGGCUUAUUUCUAUAUGGGCACUAUUUAAUUAAUUAACUAAUUAAUUAAUUAAUUUGCCAGCCCCAUUCAUUUUUCCGUAGCCCCUCAGCAUCUUACUAUGUGAAUCUGCCAUUAUUUCUUUACCCCUUUCCUGAUCAAAAAUGGAGUGCAUUGAGCAUUCCUAAGCACAUGUUUGGGAAUUCCUGUGGAUAGAAUUUCUGUGUCAAAGGUCAUAAGCAUUUAAAAUUAUCCUCUUUCCCCACACUGGGCAGAUUCUAGUAAUCUUCAGGAAAUGGAUUGGUUUAGCCUAGUUCUACCGGGCAUAGGAAUUCUUCACUCCCUAAUCAGCCCACAGUUUUCUAAUAAGCCACUUCAUGCAUGGUCUAGGUUGACUGACUGUGUUUGGUAGAAGCUUGUGGAGAAGAAACAAAGAGUUCAAUGCCCAGAGCACCCAUAAGAGCGCAGGCAGGUAAAGAUACAACAUGUUAAUCAGAGGGUGGGUCAGGUAGAGAGAGAUAAACAAAGAAAAUAAGUGCCUCUGCCUUUGGGGGCGCCAUAUUUGUGCUUCCUGUGGAAAGCGUACAGACUGAAUAUGAGUGCUGUGAGCGAAGGGUAGUCAUGGUUAGGAAUUUGCCGUAGACUUGGGUGUAUCUUUACACAGAUCUAAGUAAGUUAUUAAGCACAAAACUGAUUGGAACAUAGCUGAGAGUUGAAGCCAGCUAGGAUUCUGUCACCUGCGGGGGGCCGGGAGAGUCUUCAGCUCAGUAUUAGAAGCAGAUCUCCUGGGGGUUAGUUUGACCUUUUCCUGUGUUCACCGUGGGUUCAGUUCCCGAAGUACAGAUUCAGAGUGCGGGAGCAAUGUUGCCUUGUAGGACAAGUACCAGGGUUUGUUGGUGAGGAAAAAAAAAUUCUAUGUUCCAGUUAAGUUUUUGUUUUAAAUUUUGACUUUGAUUUCUUAAACCUGGACAAAAGCUGGCAAAGUUUUAUUAAGCCUUUAGAAAACCUUCUAGAACCGUCUUCUUAAAGCCCCAUGUCACGUGGCCACAUCUCCCUUAUGCUCCCCCUGUCGGUAGGCAUGUACAACACUGAGGCUUGGCUGUUAAGAGCAUUUUACUCUUGUCUGAUGGAUGCUGCAUCGUUUUCUGGUUGGGGACAUUAGCUUGUCUCAGUAUUAUCUUUCGAGUCACCUAAUAAAGUGCUCUCUGAAUCCUUAAACAUUUAGAGGACUGUGGAAAGCUGACCCUCGCACCUGACUGGCUAAUUCAGAAGUAGAUCAGCCAGAGUGCCUGUCCCUGAACCCCUUCCCUACCCACUCACUCUCCCAAGAAGAAAACAGCUCUUUGUCCCUUUUAACAUCACUGUUAAAACCUUCUGGCCAUGUACUACGGAAAUAUCUAAAGUAGUAAAAAAAAAUUUUUUCUUAUGAAUAGUAUUUUUUAUUUCCCAACACCCACCCGUACUGUUAUCAAAAUGGAUGUGGCAUUUAUUAAAGGUGAACAUUAUAAAAUAAGACCUUGUGUACAGUCUUAUGCCCUGGCUUCCUGGGAUGAAAGGUUUCACCCCUUUCAUCAGGGGACUCCGGCCUCCAUCUCCGGGUUGAACUUUCUGCCCUUUGGGGCUGUAUAUUACCUUAAAUAGCUUGCAGCUGACAGACUGCGCUGCUGGCCUAUGUGAAGAGGAACGCUGUAAUGGAUGGGGUAGCGUCUCCUAAUGGAACCACUGUUAGAAGACAAUGAGCACAAAUCCCUCCUCAUGAUUAGGGGCUUGGAGCUAUUUUAUGUUUUAUUUUAUAUUUUGUAUUAUUUUAUUUUAGCUCUGACCACCAAGUUAGCAGGUUGCAAAGAGGAGAAAUGAAGUUAUUUGCUUCACGAGAAAUAGAGUCUUUCCUCCAGUCAGAAUGGGCUUACAGCAGGCAAAGCGUUCUGGCCCAUGCCUGAAGCUGUUCAUUUUGGUAACAAGUGAGUCAGCCAGCCACCAUUUAUUUGUGGUCACCUAUUGACCCCCAUAUGCUUUGCUUGACAGGCUCCUAAAAUGUCUUUUUUUUUUUCCUUAGUGUUCUUUGUAUUGGCCACUAUCGAGAGAAAUCUGUUAGGUUUUAUGCAGAAAAUACACUUUAUCUUUACAGUUUUAAAAAUGUGAGUUGGUAUUUAGAGGGAAGCAAAGCUUAAGAUCCAGCGUUGGAAAAAAAAAUAUUGGUUUUUGUCUCCACCACCUACCCCGCAAAAGCUUCUCUUUAUGUUGACCCUAGAUAAUUUCUUGCUGUUUCUAUAAAAUUACAAGUAAUCUUUUAGCGACUUACAUGCAACAGUUUUUUUUUUUUUUAAUUUGGAAUAUUACUCAGUCAGCCUCGCCUUUGGUAGUCCAUGGGGAAGCCAUAGAGGCCAUUUUCAUCCUGACCCUGGAAUGUGGUUUUAACUAUGUAAUUUGGAUUUGGACUUUAUUGUGUCGUGUUUCUCGGUGUCUCUCCGUGGUUCUGGAGCCUUCCUUUACGCUCUCGUAGAACUGUGUGCUCGUAUUUGAGACACAGCUUCCUUAACUGGAGAUCGCUGGGCCGCUCAGGUGGAUCUGAGACCCCGCAGCGCUGUAUGUGUUCCCAGUUCCCACUCCUGAGGGUUAGUGAAGCCAUUUAUUUGCACGCUAGUUUAAACGGAGAAAAUGUCAACCACUUCAAAUGCCACCAUCCAAUUUGUUGUCUCUCUGGUGGUUUUUUUUAAUUCCACUGGCGGCUUCUCUAGGACUUACAGGAUUUACAGAAGAUAAUGUAUCAAGAAAAGCUUGAUGCACACAAAAAGGGGGGGGGGUAUAUAUCACAAAGAUGGUAUUUCACGAACUGAAUUUAAACUAAGGAGAUGUCAUUAUCAAUAGAUGGGGAGCAACUACUGCAUUUGGUCUUUGGAAGUCUUACUUUUAAUGUCUCAUUCCUGAACUCUUAAUUUACAGGCUGGAGAGGCAGCUGGAUGGCUGAGUGUUUCUCCAGCAUAGAUAAGGCCCUGGAUUUGAUUGUCUGGUACUGAAUAAAUGAAUAAGACAAUCUCAUGAUACAGAUUCAGUGUGAUUACAGUAUGUAAUUAAAAGGAAGAAUUCAAAGACUGGGACUGGGGCAGAUAGAUGGUCUGACCAUUAGGUGUUCCUAUAGCUCUCCCAGGCCUUGGAGUUGAGUUCCCAUCCAGGUCCGAUGGCUCACAGCCUCUCCUAAUUCCAGUCCCAGCAGAUCUGGCGCUUUUCUUCUAGCCUUUGUAGGCAUGCGCACUCCCAUGUAUGCGUGUAUAAUUAAAAAUAAGAAUCGGAAAAGCAAGAAUUUAAAGAUGUCUGCUGAACGACUGACUCCACCUUCUUUCGAGGGGUGUGCUUCGAAUGUGGCUCUCCUGGUUUGUGCUCGCUACCUUUGUCCACUUCGCCAGCACAACUAGCUUUACCCCGUCUGUGAUGAGAGUUCUAUCUGGGUGCCCUCGCUUCGUUGCCAGCAGAGGGGUGGUGAUUCUGAGAAUGGGCAUUGGUCCAAGAGCUCCACUGCAAAGCUGCUGGCACCUCCUUCCUGUUCCUUAUCCCGUGUAGAAUAUGUACAUUUACCGCACUCAUAAAUGUGUCUGCCCUGGGGGAGAUCUGCCUUAAAAAGGGGAUGCCAUAAUAAUGCCUUGACCAUUAUUCUUGUGGAAGAAUACAGGAUAUCCAGGCACUUCUAUAGCAUUGCACUCCUUGGCUUGGUGUAGAGACCCUCUAAAUGUGAGAGCCUGCUUCUGCUGUCCUAUUGUCUGUGGCUUGGUAGAGUCUUUGCAGUUCGCUCUUAAGAUAUGUGCCCUGGGAAUGGCCUGUUUGCACAUGUCCGCUCACAGCCCUGUAGCACUCUGGGUGGUAGCUGGAAGUUUGCCCAGCUGAGAGAGAUUGUUCUUUUUCUCCCACUCCUUUAUUUAUUUAUUUUGUGUGUGCGUUGUUGCUGGUGCUGGUGUGGCAGCGUUGGUGGUUCCUUUUGUCUUGAAUUUAUGUAAAAAAAAGUUUAUUUGCUGCUCUUUAAAGAUCUCAGCAUGUGGCCGGAGGAGCCCUAUGGGACUGGGUCCUGGUGUCUAAGGCUGUAACCAAGAAGUCAACUGGACAUCUGAAUGUUGGUGCUCUAGUCUUGUCCGCUCUGUUUUGAGCCACGUUGCAGACUGCUUUUCCUCUGUGUUUUCAGAGUAACGUUUCAUCAGAGAGAGCAUUGAGUUUCUGAAGUCAGGAGUAUCUAUCGGUCCAUCCGAAUCUGGUGCGUUGGAAAUCCUAUCAAGCUCACUGUUUUUGCCCAGGGGAACGUGUAGCUUUUUAUGAAUGAGUAACAAACAUAUUUUAAAAGCUUGUUAAGUUUCAUGUAAAUGGACAUAUGUAAAACACAUGCUACCGCUGACGUGAACGUAGGCUGGGCAUGAGGUGGAGAGCAAGAAAGGUUUGUAGGUCAGAAACCUGUAACAGUAAUGGAUUCCCGGUGGGUUUGUACACAUUUCCUAUGUGAAGAUCUUUCUUCAUGGUUUACACGGAGGCUAACACUUUGAUACUGAGUGAUCCUUUUGGAAAUGACUUGAUUUCAGCAUGUUCUUCCACCAUUGCUGUUGACUCGAUGCAAAAAAGGAAACUCAGUUGCCUUAACAUGGCUCCUCUCAUGAACACUAACUGCUUAAGGUAAAAAUCCUCCCUGUCUGUCACUAGAGAAAUGCUUCCUCCGGACACCCCCCCACCUCCACCCGACCCCUCCUGGGAGGCCAUUCUUAGCUUUUAUUGCUAUGCUAAAUAGUUAUGUAAAGCCAACGUGAAGAACAAAAACCACGGAAUGGUAGGAUGACAGAUCAGUACAAAGAAGGUAUUAGUCUGUUCUGAACUUUCCCCUCCAAAGUCAUCCCACCUGAAACGGAGUUACAGUGAGCGCCACCAAAGUGGAAAAUAGGUUCAGUGUCAUUGGUUGUCAAAAUGGGAAUAUUUUCUCUUGUUUUCUGUGUCCGUAUCAAAUUCUCCCUAUGAAAACAGACGGGGCGACUUACUAAUAAGAUCAAAGAACUUUAAGAAGUAUUUCCCUCGGUUUUUUUUUUUUUUUUUUUUUUUUUUUGCUUUCACAGCCCGUUUUAUUUUCUUUGCACAAAUAAUGGACUUAAUCAAGCCUGUUUCCUUUUGUGGCUUACAUUGUGUGACGUACCCACUCCCUUUUCUUUUCAUGGGUGGGCUCCCAAGGGGAAUAUGGAUCCUGGGGUCUAUUCAGCACUCAGACAAUGUAAAGGAUACUGUACUGAAGUUUGGGGCAGGGAGGCCUCCAGGAAGUGGGAGGAAGCUUCAGUCAUGCUGGGUGAGGGAGAGGGAGGAUGCUGAUUAAAAUAAUAAACAGGGGCUGAGGAGAGAGUCAUUGCCUAUCAGCCUGGGUGCUGUCAGAUCAGGUCUGGGAGUCACCGGAGCUGCUGCGGGCUCCCUCUGGGCACUGAACACUCUGUCCUGAGAAGGGCAUCCUGGGAUUUGUUGCAAGAUCUUUCCUCCGGACCAGAGCGAAGCAACUUUUAAAAGUUUAACUCCGCGGCACUGACAGCAUACGUAGGCUGGGCUGAAGUGGGGAAGUGGAGUGAAAUUGGCUUGGUGGUCACCAUAGCAACUGUGCUGCUGCUGUCUGGGAGAAUGGAAACCCGUAGUCUCCUGUCUCGGGUUCUUCGGGGCUUCUUCAGCUAGGAGCACCCUCCUGCUUACUGGAACUCUACAUAAGUCUGGCUGUUUUAAAACUAGCUCUUUUUUACUCAGACUUUUUUUUUUCCCGUUUCUUUUCCUUUUUUUUUUUUUUUUUUUUUUUCUUAUUGCAGGCAGUCUGAAUGGAGGAAGUUGGUAAUGCUUGGCUUUUUUUCCCUCCCUUCUCUCUCGCAAGUUUCCAGGCUAUACCUUUUUCCCCCUUUCCUUUUUGCUGUGUGUAAUUGAGACCAAACUCUAAGCCUGGGCUCUGGAGAGAACAGUGGUGGCCUGCAGGUCAUUAGGGAGGCGAGCAGAGAGAGAUCCUGGGCUUCCUGGGGCAAAAAGGAGACCAUGCCAGCCUCGUGGAGCACAGCUACAAGAAAACACAGACGCAGCAGGUCUCUGCCUGCCGAGCUCUGAAGUCCGUGAGAAAACGGACCAAAGGUGGGGUGGCUAAAAUGUCCCAGUACAAGCCGCUGAUGCUCAUGGGCCACCGCUCAAGGGCAAGGAUUAUAAAGGAUUUUACGAAGGAAUUGAAAGUAUAGCUAGAGAAGAUACGGGUUUUAGAAGUUGGACGCUGUUGUCUGAAGGAAGUUUGCCAGGAAGAUGUAGGCUUCAAGGGCUCCCGGACGAUGAUUGGUCUGAACUUCGGCUUACGAGAAUUGUUGACAAAAUUUGAAAAGGACAUCCAGGCAGAAAUUGAUGCCCACAAUGACAUAUUUAAAAGCAUCGAUGGGAACAGGCAGAAGAUGGUGAAGGCUCUGGGGAAUUCUGAGGAGGCCACAAUGCUUCAGCAUCGCCUGGAUGACAUGAACCAAAGAUGGAAUGAUCUGAAGGCAAAAUCUGCCAGCAUCAGGGCCCAUUUGGAGGCCAGUGCUGAGAAAUGGAACAGGUUGCUGGCAUCGCUGGAAGAGCUGAUCAAAUGGCUCAACAUGAAAGACGAAGAGCUUAAGAAGCAGAUGCCCAUUGGAGGGGACGUUCCCGCCUUACAGCUCCAGUAUGACCACUGCAAGGUGCUGAGACGUGAGCUAAAGGAGAAAGAAUAUUCUGUGCUGAACGCCGUAGAUCAAGCUCGAGUGUUUCUGGCUGAUCAGCCGAUAGAGGCCCCUGAAGAACCCAGAAGGAACCCACAGUCAAAGACAGAGUUGACUCCGGAGGAGAGAGCCCAGAAGAUCGCCAAGGCCAUGCGCAAACAGUCCUCUGAAGUCAGAGAGAAGUGGGAGAGUCUAAAUGCUGUGACUAGCACCUGGCAAAAGCAAGUAGGAAAGGCGUUAGAGAAACUCCGAGACCUUCAGGGAGCCGUGGAUGACCUCGACGCGGACAUGAAGGAGGUGGAGGCCGUGCGCAAUGGCUGGAAGCCCGUGGGGGACCUGCUUAUCGACUCGCUGCAGGAUCACAUAGAGAAAACCCUGGCGUUUAGAGAAGAAAUUGCACCAAUCAAUCUAAAAGUUAAAACAAUGAAUGACCUGUCCAGUCAGCUGUCCCCACUCGACCUGCAUCCGUCUCCAAAGAUGUCUCGCCAGCUGGAUGACCUCAAUAUGCGAUGGAAACUUCUCCAGGUUUCGGUGGAGGAUCGGCUCAAGCAGCUCCAGGAAGCCCACAGAGAUUUUGGGCCAUCUUCCCAACACUUUCUGUCCACUUCAGUCCAGCUGCCGUGGCAGAGAUCCAUUUCGCAUAAUAAAGUGCCCUAUUACAUCAACCAUCAAACACAGACAACCUGUUGGGAUCAUCCUAAAAUGACUGAACUCUUUCAAUCCCUUGGUGAUCUGAAUAAUGUACGUUUCUCUGCCUACCGCACAGCCAUCAAAAUCCGAAGGCUGCAGAAAGCACUAUGCUUGGAUCUCUUAGAACUGAACACAACAAAUGAAGUUUUCAAGCAGCACAAACUGAAUCAAAAUGAUCAGCUCCUGAGUGUCCCAGAUGUCAUCAACUGUCUGACCACAACUUACGAUGGGCUUGAACAACUGCACAAAGACUUGGUCAAUGUUCCACUCUGCGUCGAUAUGUGUCUCAACUGGCUGCUCAACGUAUAUGACACGGGCCGGACUGGAAAAAUUAGAGUACAGAGUCUGAAGAUUGGAUUGAUGUCUCUCUCCAAAGGCCUCUUAGAAGAAAAAUACCGAUGUCUCUUUAAGGAGGUGGCAGGGCCAACAGAGAUGUGCGACCAGCGGCAGCUUGGCCUGCUACUUCACGAUGCCAUCCAGAUCCCGAGGCAGCUGGGGGAAGUAGCAGCCUUUGGGGGCAGUAACAUUGAGCCCAGUGUCCGAAGCUGUUUCCAGCAGAAUAACAACAAGCCAGAAAUCAGUGUGAAGGAGUUUAUAGACUGGAUGCGGUUGGAGCCACAGUCCAUGGUGUGGUUGCCAGUUCUGCACCGUGUGGCAGCUGCAGAGACUGCAAAACAUCAGGCCAAAUGCAACAUCUGCAAAGAAUGUCCGAUCGUUGGGUUCAGGUACAGGAGCCUAAAGCAUUUCAACUAUGACGUCUGCCAGAGCUGCUUCUUUUCCGGAAGAACAGCCAAGGGCCACAAAUUACAUUACCCAAUGGUGGAAUACUGUAUACCAACAACAUCUGGGGAAGACGUGCGAGAUUUCACAAAAGUACUGAAGAACAAGUUCAGGUCCAAGAAGUAUUUUGCCAAACACCCCCGGCUUGGCUACCUGCCUGUCCAGACCGUGCUCGAAGGAGACAACUUAGAGACUCCUAUCACGCUCAUCAGUAUGUGGCCAGAGCACUAUGACCCCUCCCAGUCCCCUCAGCUGUUUCAUGAUGACACUCACUCAAGAAUAGAGCAAUACGCCACACGACUGGCCCAGAUGGAAAGGACAAAUGGAUCCUUCCUAACUGACAGCAGCUCUACCACGGGAAGUGUGGAGGACGAGCAUGCCCUCAUCCAGCAGUACUGCCAGACGCUGGGCGGGGAGUCUCCUGUGAGCCAGCCACAGAGUCCAGCUCAGAUCCUGAAGUCUGUGGAGAAGGAAGAGCGUGGGGAACUGGAGCGGAUCAUUGCUGACUUGGAGGAAGAGCAAAGAAAUCUGCAGGUGGAGUAUGAGCAGCUGAAGGAGCAACACCUAAGAAGGGGUCUCCCCCUGGGCUCCCCUCCAGACUCCAUUGUAUCCCCUUACCACACGUCCGAGGACUCGGAACUGAUAGCGGAAGCUAAACUCCUUCGGCAGCACAAAGGGCGGCUGGAGGCGAGGAUGCAGAUUCUGGAAGAUCACAAUAAACAGCUGGAGUCUCAGCUGCAUCGCCUCAGACAGCUCCUGGAGCAGCCUGACUCUGAUUCCCGCAUCAAUGGUGUCUCCCCCUGGGCUUCCCCACAGCAUCCUUCAUUGAGCUACUCGCUUGACCCCGACCCAGGCCCACAGUCCCACCAGGCAGCAUCUGAGGACCUGCUGGCCCCGCCUCAUGACACCAGCACGGACCUCACAGAUGUGAUGGAGCAGCUCAACAGCACGUUUCCCUCCUGCAGCCCAAAUGUCCCCAGCAGGCCACAGGCAAUUUGAAGCAUUUAUCCAGCCAACCAACGUUUCCCGACCUUCAGUAUUGCCCUCUUCUGCAAAUGCCAACCCCAUUCAACCUGAUGCUCCGUGGCUCCCAGACACUUGCCUUUGAGUGCUGACCAGGUGUUCUACUGAGGGAAUCAAACACCGACUAUCCAAAGAGAAAAGGAUGCUUUGUUUUUAUAAUAACGUAUAUUAUUGUUUCCUUCUCCCCUUUCUAUGCAACUGUAAAUUAAUGAACAGAGAAGUAUUUGGAGGUGGUAAAGCAUUUGUCACUGAUUUGUAUAAUACACACAGCCAUGGGAAAGUGGGUGGGGGCUUUCUAAUAUGAAACUGUCUUUUUAAUAACUGAGAGAAAAAUUGCAUAAGAACUAGAUCUCUUCAUAUUAUUACAUUCCUUCUGCUGUUCAUAUUAACCUUGUAUAACUUCAUUUAUUAUUCGACUGUUUUAUCGUUAUGCUUGGUUUAUUUAUAAAUUCAUCAGCCACACAACUAAAUAGAUUCUAUGUAUUUGUUUCUAUAAUUUGGCCAAAUCCUUAAGUUCAUAUAUUUGAAUCAAAUAUUUUAUCUGUGUGGAGUAGGCAGCAAUUCUGACUAUACGAUUUAACUUGAGUCAACGUCGUACACAGUCCUUUAAUAACCACUGGAUCACUACACUAAAAAUCCUGUGGACUUAAAUGGUAAGCUGCUAGGGUAUAUUUUCUCCUGUUUUCAUUCCUUUUUUUUUUGUAAGUAGAUCUUGACAUCUUUAUUUAUUUCAUCUUGCAAUCUCUAUAAUAAAGAAGAAUGCAUUGCAAUAGUCUCAAAAAAUUAUUUUACCAAGGCUUGCCAUUUAAGCAUAUUUUCAUUUCGACCUAGAAAACAAAGUUGUUAGAAACAACCUCUCCCAGUACUUGCAACCUUGGUUUUUCGUUAUAGAACACACAGCAGACUUUGCCCAUUGUGAGACCAGAGCACAUCAUGGUCUUCAGUUUCCUUUGAGUAGACUUUUAUUGUUGUUUUUGUAUUUUUUUUUCAAGUUCUCUGUAAGCAUUGAAAGCUCUGGUCGUUUCCUUUACGAAAGCAGACAGAUACUUAGCGACUGUCUCAUUUGAAGCUCUGGAGCAGUCAGUCAGACGUCAUGACCCCCCCUCACUUGACCAGCGGCACAUCUGGGAAGGAUGUCAAUCACAAGUCCACACCACUGCUUCUCAAGAAUGAAACUAACGCUGGGAUGAUUGUAUCUUUGCCUCUACUUCUGAGUGCGUUCACUAGAUAUUUACUUGUUUUGCCUUUCCUUUUCUUUUAAUUUAACAUUUAAUUACCAAUUUUAGAGAAACCAAAAAUAAAAGUAAAGGUAAUAUGUUUUGAUUCAAACAUAUAUGCUUUUAAAACAUCAGGACAUGCUAAGUUUAUGUUCUCUUUCACUGGGAAGGAGGCUGAAAGUUAGAAAUCGCUAUUCUUUUAGGAUUGGUUGGGUGGGUUGGGGGGACAAGGGUGUCUAUUUGCAGCAUAGAUAUUUUGAGACGAAGAGAAUUGUUUUAUAUAAGAGGAGAGCCAUGAUCACCUUUCUACCUCAGAACCAUCCUCCUCCAUCGUGUUGGACAUAGCUUUAUAUGCCGCAGUGUGCAAAGCCUAGAGCUUUCAUCAGACCAUUUCAUACCCAGAAAGCACCUGUUUAAACAACAUCAACAAAAAAACUCCCUGAACUCAGAACCCCAAGUUGUAGAUUUGGUGUCUAUCUUGUUCUUGCUUUGAGGAGUCGUGUAUUCUUUUAUUUCCUGCCUGUGUUUGUAUGCAAAAAUGAUCUCUACCCGCUAUUACAGAAAAAGCUACACAAAACACUACAUUGUAACCUUCUGAGUAAUGAAUAAAAAUAUAUUACAGUAACCACGAUGAGAAAUAAGUGUAUUGUUCAUUUGAAAUAUGUGGUUAAAAAGAAAUCUAAUCACAGACUGUCAUCUAAUCUGUUACAUACUGUAUUUUUCAUCCUGAAUAAAAGUAAUUUUAACACAAAA